GCGGCGACGGUUCGUCAGGGCCCGGGCGGCAGGUCCCGCGGUUGCUGCUGAGGGGGAAGACGAGGGCCGGGCCGGGCCGGGCAGGGCGACGGGGGCCGCGUGAGGGAGAGGACGAGAGCGCCGGCGCGCCGGGGCCGGCCGUGCCCCGGUUGCCGGGGGAUGCUUGUGCUGGGCCCGGCCUCUCCCCCGCUGUAGGGCGGCGGCGGCGGCCCCGGCCCCCGGACAUGGCGCUGAGGGAGCUGAAAGUCUGCCUGCUGGGGGACACAGGAGUAGGCAAAUCAAGUAUCGUAUGGCGCUUUGUCGAAGACAGUUUUGAUCCAAACAUCAAUCCAACAAUAGGAGCGUCUUUUAUGACGAAGACUGUCCAGUAUCAAAAUGAGCUACACAAAUUCCUAAUUUGGGAUACAGCUGGACAAGAACGAUUCCGUGCCUUAGCACCAAUGUACUACCGAGGCUCAGCAGCAGCUAUAAUAGUUUAUGACAUCACAAAAGAAGAAACAUUUUCAACGUUAAAAAAUUGGGUAAAAGAGCUUCGACAGCAUGGACCCCCAAAUAUUGUUGUAGCUAUUGCAGGAAAUAAGUGUGAUCUUAUUGAUGUAAGGGAAGUCAUGGAAAAGGAUGCUAAAGACUAUGCUGAUUCUAUCCAUGCAAUAUUUGUAGAGACCAGUGCUAAAAAUGCAAUAAAUAUAAAUGAACUGUUUAUAGAAAUUAGUCGAAGAAUUCCAUCAACUGAUACCAACCCCCCAACUAGUGGAUGUCUUGGAUUUUCACCUGGUUCAUCUUCCUACGAAAAUCAACCAAUUCAUUCCUGGCAUUGUUCACUUCCUGAAGACCGCAGUAGUGAAAUUCCAGUCCACUUGGACGUCCCGACAACCAGAUGGAAUAUGUCAUCAAGUUUUUGGUCUUGCUGAAAAAGAAUGUAUAAUUGUAUUGAUAGAAAAUGAUAAAAAUGUUUAGCAAUCUUGUCAUCAAGAUUUUAUGUGAUAUUUUGGAAAGGGAAAUACAGCACUUUCUUGGUUCUUGAAAAUAGAUUUUGAAAUUAUAGUUUUAAAAUGAAGCGAUUUAGCAUUCCAUCAAACCUUAGGAGUCUGACCAUUUUAAAUAUUGCAGAAAAUCCAAGUGGAAGGAGGGCAACUGUUAGAUGUAUCCAAAACUUAAGUUAUGACAGGACUAAUGGAAGGGAUCUCAACCUCUGCUGUCCCCAAAGCACUUUUCAUUUAAAGGUAUUAGCAAAAACAUGAAUGCAAACUUAAAAUCUUGGUAAUUCUUUUAAAAAAAAUUUUGACAUAAUUUAUGUGUAUGCAGAUACAUUUAUACGCACUUUUUUAAAAAUAAGCUCACUAUCAAGUUGGUGGUAAGAGAACAUAGAACAAAUCAAAUUUAAUAUUCUCAACUGACUGGCAAUAAAUGCAAAAAUAGUGUAAAUGCUGCCAAUGUUUUUAUUUAGCCCAAAUGGUUUUGGGGAAAUAACUAUUUGUUGCUUAGCACAUGUAAAGUUUUGUAUUAUAUUUAUGAGAUCAGUACUUUAAAGUAUUAUAAAUUAUGUAAAUACAGUAGCAAAUUCUUAGUUUCAUUCAGCACCCCAUUUAACCUUGCACUGAGUCUAGGUUUACUCACCAGUUUCCAGCUGUUCUUUUUGGAAAGCGUUUGAAUACACUCCCUUUGAAGGACAAUUAUAUUGUUCUGAGAAGAGCAUUUAGCACUUACUGAAAGAAAUGAUUUAAAAUUAGCCACCUCCCCCCAUCCUAUCUGGGGGCACAUACUAAGUUAGUCAAAUAUUUCACCUUAGCAGCACCCUCUACCCCUUACUGCCUUAGGCACAAAAGACAGAGCUUGAAACCCAAAUUACUUGCCUGGUACUGAUGAAAAUUACUCAUGAGUCGGGGUAAACCUCACAUCUUUUACUGUAAGCAGUUCAGUUUAGCCUUCAGUAUCUUUAUACUGCCAUUGCUAAUGAUAACACUCUUCUCUUCCUCCACUUCCUCCCUUAAGGACCCUAACAAGCAUUUUAAUAGUGUAGUUUAAGAAUAAAACAUUUAAAUAAGCCACAUCUGAAACUCCCUGGUUCAUUUGAGUAUUGCCCCACAUUAAGUAUCUUAACUGAAGAAAACAAAAGAAUAAAUAGGAAAUGGAACUGUGUUUAAUUUACAACUAAAUCAUGUCGUUCAAAAACCUUAGAGCCGGUCUUAAAUGAAUAAAUGAAUAAUUUGAACUGUUAUGGUAAUUGUCUGUGAUGAAUUCAUAAUAUGAGUAGGACUUAAUAAAAGUUGUAAUCUGAAA